AUGCGAGCCACGAACUCUUUACAGGACUACCACUACUUCCCAUUCAAGAACGAUUCCAUGACAGCUGCCUUCAUUAACUUCGACGAUGCUGACCCCGAGAAUGGAGGGUUGUGCAUCUACCCCGGAUCGCACGAGCUCGGCCCGCUUAAGGACGUCGGCACUAUCGAGAAAGGAGAAGCCUUCCAUUAUAUGGACCCGAAAGAAUGGCCUAUCGAGAAGGCCACACCAGUCAUCGCCAAGAGGGGGGACGUGGUGUUCUUCACAUACUUGACGCUGCAUGGCAGCUACCGCAACCUUUCCGACCGCCUGCGCCGCAUGCUGCUUAUUCAGGUCUUCGCUGCAGACGAUGAGCCCAUCAAGGACAUGCACAAAAGCCUGGGCCAGGGUCUGGUGCUCCGAGGCAAAAACGACAAGAAGGAAGCCAGUCACAUGAUUGUAACUAGUUAG